GACAGUUAGUCUAUCAGUUCGGAUAGCCUAUUUCAGUUCCCUUUCAACUUUCUCUAGGUCGUCUUGCGCGAUGAGAAGCACACACAAUGGCGAUACAUCUGAAUUAGCCACAGCGCUCGAUAAGCGACGCGGUCUACUCUUGAAUGUUAACGGAAUAGACGCUGUCCGACCUGAUAUCAAGGAGCAACCCACUUACUCUGCCCCCUCACACAAACGCAAGCGUUUUAUUGGAUUCAGUAUUCUCCUCUCGUUUAUUCUCACUACAACCCUAUUUGAACUCUAUCCCCAUACUCGAUACGACACAAAAACUGGGAAGGACUUAUUGCAUUCGAAUGGAACGCACGAGUUCAAGAAGACAGUGCUUAUGGUUUCGAUCGAUGGUUUUCGUGCGGAUUAUUUGGAUCGUGGACUCACGCCGCAUUUGCUGGAUAUUAGCCGGGAAGGCGUGAGGGCAAAGUACAUGAAGCCUGUUUUUCCCACUCUGACGUUCCCAAAUCACUGGUCACUGAUGACUGGCCUCUACGCCGAGUCGCACGGCAUCAUUGCGAACAACUUCUGGGACCCCGUUUUUCGAGACACGUUCCAUUUUGACCGUGUUGAAUCCUCGCAGAACCCGAGCUGGUGGCUCGGUGAACCUAUGUGGGAAACUGCCGAACGUGCAGGCAUUAUCACCGCAAAUCUCAUGUGGCCUGGACCUUGGUCCACGUCCUCGGGCGUGAACUCUACAUAUUUUCUACCUUGGGAAGAUAACUACGCUCUCGAGAAGAAACUCUCUAAUCUCUUAGAGUGGAUUGAUCUCCCCCUGGAAGAGCGGCCGCAGCUCAUUCUUGGAUACGAACCAUCGCUAGACCAUGCUGGGCACGAAAAAGGGCCAAUGUCAAAAGCCGUCAAUACGAGUCUAGCAGCUGUCGAUCUUUUCGCUCGGAACUUAACCCAAGCACUAGGCGAGCGAAACCUCACACAUAUCGUUGAUAUUAUCUUCGUCAGUGACCAUGGGAUGAUGGACGCCAGCCACCUAACUUGGGUAUAUAUUGACGAGAUUGUUGGUCAGCCUUGGAAAGGUGUUACCAAGGUGGACGGUUGGCCAUCUAUGGGCUUACGCUUCGCUCCUGGCACAAACGUGACCGAGGCCCUUGAGCAUCUGUGCGAGUACACACUUACCCACCCGGAUCAGUUCGAUGUGUUUACAUCGGAGAGCUUCUUUACCGACCCUGGUACCUCUCUUGUGAACCUCAACGCAUUCAACUACGGUAAGAUGUCUGGAUGCACAGUGGAGCCUAUGCCCGAACGAUACUAUUUCUCCCACAAUUAUCGCAUCGCCCCUGUGUGGAUUAUCCCGCGCAUAGGUUACGCGCUGACUGACCACAUGAGUGGCGAAAAUGGGCUGCCAACUGGAAACCACGGCUAUGACAACGAAGAACCGUCCAUGCGUGCCAUCUUUGUCGCACACGGGCCUUUCUCGCAGGGCGCGAAAGCUGCUAUGGUUGCACGGGGGGUGGGCAAUGGCACAGGAGAAUACAUGAUGCCAGGGUUCCAGAAUGUCGAGAUUUACAACCUCGUGAUGCGAUUGCUUGGCCUUGAUGCUGCAGAUACAGCUAUAAACAACGGAACUGCUGGAUUCUGGGAUCCGUUUGUCUUGCCAGAUGUUUGAACUUCAUUCGAGCUGCUUUAGAUGCUUCGAGAGCUAUCAUUACCCAUCAUGUUACUGGAUGUCGAUACCUUCCUAGAUGUAGUACUACAUACAUAUGUAUCAUAUUGCCAAGCAUCUCACACAGGUCCUCGAUGUCAGAUUCCGUCAUU